AGGCGCAUGGCGCUCGCGAGAUCCGCGCCGGGGCACGCGAAAACCCCGCCCCCGGUCGCCCCGGUCCCUUCGCGAGACGACGAAGACGAGGAAGAUGCAUCCGCGGAUGCGGCGACAAGCCCGGCGGCGAGCGCCUCGGUGAGCAUCGCGCCGACCGCCUCGGGGGACUCGAGCGGCGGCUGCUCGCUGGACGCGCCGCUCGACGGAACCGAGACGGCGCGCAUCCGCGACGAUCCCGGGGUGGACUCGCGUUCGUCCGCGACGACGUCCGCGGCGAACGACGAUCGACUCCGGGAGCGGCGGCGCGCGGUCGCGUUCGCGCGAGCGCUCAUCGACGGCGACGGAGCGGCAAAGGGGGCGCGACGUUGGGCGAAAGCGGCGGCGAGGGCGGCGGCGAAGGCGAGCGACGGGGCGGGCGGAGACGGGAAGAAGCGCCGGCGCCUGCCCGCGGGUUGGGCGGUACGAGCCGGGACGGGCGCGCGAACGCGGACGAGGUGUUGAGGACGAGGCGGUGACGCGUUUGAAUCCUAAUGACGUACGACGUU